AUUUACAAUGUUUAGUUCAUAUAUUAUCUUUAUAUUGCUAAACGCACUUACAAAUAUUUUUUUGAGAACUCAUAUCAUAUCUCUUAUAGCGUUAACAAAUCCAGAGGACGGAAAUUCUAGUGAAAAUCAAGAGGACAUAAUUAUCAUGAUAUACGUUCUCUGAUAUACGUUCUCUGCUUGAAACCACAGCUAUGUUUACUUACAACUUACUUUUGACAUUUUCCUUACUCUAUAUGACAGUCCGUGGAUAUAUCAAUUCCAAUUGGUAAAAAGUUAAGAAGUUUCAGUUGGUACAACAAUAAAACUUUGUCGUAGUAUAAUAUAUGUAUAUAAAACCGUUCUAUUCUGUGUAUACAAAUUUUUCCGUAGUAAUUGUGACUUUGGAAAAAUAAUUUACACAUAUACCUAAACUCGUAAUAUUGUGCAACAAAUAGAAGUGUUUUUAAAUGCACGCAAAAUCAUCAAAUAAGCGGUGUACAAUAUUUUGUGAAGUCUGAAAUGUCUACACACGACGGAUCCUAUAACGAGGAGGCAUACUGUUCUGUGGCAACUAAUGUUGGUGUGGAGGUGACGUCGCAAUUGUUAGCACAACGUAUGAACCAAGCAGUAGCUCCACCACAAACACUUUUAAUGGGACCCCCAUAUAUAUCACCUCCCUCACAAUCGCAGCAACAGCAGCAUCAAUUACAACACUAUAAUGAAUAUUAUUAUAAUUUGUAUUCUUCACAACCUGGGCAACCGGAAACUUAUUCAGUGCUUCCAGUUGGUCAUGGAAACUUCUUAAAAGUGUAUCACUGCCAAGAAAAUGCAGCUAAUGCAGCGUUAACCAACGAAGCCAAUGCUUUAUAUCACGGAAAGUUGCCACAGCGUGCUGCGCAUUCGCAAUAUCAACAGCAGUCUCAGCCUUCGCAAUAUCAACUGCCUCAACCAGCGUUCCAUAUACAUCAACCGCAAGCGCAGCCCCCAACUCCCCAAUACUUUAAUAGCUAUGAGCUUUUUUCAAGCAAUACCUUAAUGCCUACACCAGACAACCAGCCCACUCUGAAUCAAACCGAUUUUAAAGCUGGAACAUUUCAAGUUACGCAACACACACCAAUUUUUAUGGUGAAUAAUCACGAGGAACCAAUUUGUCAGCAAGGUGUUAAUACGGCAUCUACGAAUAUGAUAAUUAACAACCUUGUACAUAAUUGGUCACCGAAAGUAACUGGUGCACCCAUUCAACAACUUCCAAUGCAAUCACAAAAUGUAUUGAAUUCAGAGACAUGUAGCACUGCCAUAGAACCAGAAAUAACAAGUGUUGCGAGUGAUCAAAUUAUGUCCAACGAUUCUGAUGUAGUUGAAGCGUCAAUACAAUUUUCAAUUUCUUCAACCGCUAUUCAACCGCAAUCAACGCCAGUAUCGACAGUUGUUCCAGAGCCGCCGACAGACACUUUGGAUAAUGAAAACCUAUACAAUUCCAAAGAAGCUCUCACACCGACAUCAACUAAAUCCGUUUCAAUGUCACCAACUAACCUAAAUGCUACUGAGGUGAAGAAGCGAAUUGUUGCCGAAGUAAAACCGAUGCGAAUGUCCUAUUCAGAUGUUCUAAGCAAAGUAAAUACCCAGAAAUCUGAUACAAUACAGUUACACCACAAUUAUAGGCAAACACAAGCCGGGAAAAGCGGAAAACCGAUGACUUUCGAACGGAAAGGUGGAGAUAUGAAGAUCAGUAUGGAUAACGUGGGGUUAACUCGAAGGCAAAUAAGUUUUGAAGAUGAAGCAGGAGGGCGCUCAAUUAAAAAAUCUCCUACGCAUGAAAACAAAGAAAAUGUACAGCAAUUUCAAAAUGGUAAUGUAUCUAAAAACACUAAGCGGGUAAAUCAAAGCAGCAUUACUGUAAGCGCCAAUUCGAUAUCGAACAAUAUCAGUAGCAAUAAUAAUAAUCAAAGCAAGGUUGGACAAAAGGGGAACCAGAGGAUAAACAUCUCAGAAACAAGCACAACUCCUAAUGGUUUUAAUAAAAGCAGCAACAACAUAAAUAACAAAAAGCGCCCAAAUCAUCGACGCAACGAAAUGGAAAUCAAUAAAAUGGAGAUAAAUAGUAAUAAGAAUCUAAAAUCGAAUUCCUUUAAUGGUGACAAAGACUUCAAUGUUUAUUACAAUGUUACGGCAAACAACAAUGAAGGUGGAGAUCGUGCUUCUAGGUCAAAUAAUAAUGGUUUCGUUACCGGAUCAAAUAACUCUAAUUCAUCUACUGCGAAUGUAAGGAAAUCAAACAAAUCUUCAUUCUACAACAAUUCUAACACAUCGCCCUUCACCGCAAAUCAAUCACGCACACGUUAUGGUAAUGCUAACUCUAAUUCCUCCUAUUCAUAUUCGUCAAAACGCAGCCGAAACACUAACUCCUUGCAUAGCAACGCUUCGGCGGUGUCAACGAAUAGAAACUAUGAAUUAGCGAAAAAAUUUCUUUGUGCAUGGCUGGAAUAUACUAUAAAGAUAUUGACUUGGUUGUUCUAUUUGAUAUAUGACAUUGUGGUGCUCGGCUGUAGUGUGGCAUAUGAUCGUUUGCUGCAUGCCGGCGAAUGUGGCUUUUUGUAUGCUCAACAGUUACGAAAAGAUUUCAAACAGAACUCUAAUAAACCGAGUAUUUGGCUGAAAAGUUAUUGGAGACGAUUUGAUGCACGAUUUCAAAAGAAUUCGCAAUGGGCCUUCUGGCGAAGUUUCUGUCAAAAGAAACCGCCUGAAAUGACAACGGAAAGUAUGAAAAGUGGUCGACUGCCACAGACAGGUGAGGAGGCCAUGUAUUCUCUACUUAAUUGUAAAGGAAAAGAUGCAUAUAGCAUUCUGGGAGUGCCGCCCGAUUGUUCACAGGAACAAAUACGUAAGCACUAUAAGAAAAUUGCUGUUUUAGUACAUCCGGAUAAAAAUAAACAAGCCGGCGCAGAAGAAGCUUUUAAAGUGCUCCAAAGAGCAUUUGAAUUAAUUGGAGAACCGGAAAAGCGUCUUGCCUAUGACCAGAGUCUAGCUGAAGCUUUACACGCUGAAAAAGCUUGGACUGAGCUGCACGAUUUAUUAUCACAAUUACAAACAAAAAUAACCGAAGCUGCCAAUACGAUAAGGUGUAGUACUUGUGGCUUAAGACAUCCCCGUCGAAUAACGGACCGGCCACAUUACGCUGCUAGAGAAUGCGCUUCCUGCAAAAUUCGACAUUCAGCCAGAGAAGGAGAUAUUUGGGCAGAAACCAGCCUGUUGGGACUACGUUGGAGAUACCUAGCUCUCAUGGAAGGCAAAGUCUACGAUAUUACUGAAUGGGCGAACUGUCAAAAAGGAGCUCUUUCGCAUUUGGAACCCAAUUCUCAUAUGGUGCAAUACCGCAUUGUACGCGGUGCACAACAGCAGCAACCAAACACUAAUUCGCCGAACCACCAAAAUCCGCAGCAACCGUAUUCUCAACAGCCGGGAACGCAUAAUGAUCGCAAUGGCAGUGGAAAAUUCAAGCGUAAUAUUCCAACAAGUGAGGCAUCAUUACACGAGUUUCUCGAUAACUUGUAUGGCGGCCAACAUCCAAAUUCGGCAUCGGCUUACUCGAACGCAUCACGUCGACGUACACGUCGCAAUUGAUUCAACAUUGUGUGGAUUGGUUGUAAACUUUCCUAUAUUAAUCUCUUAAUAUUUCUCUCCACAAACGUACAACUUUUUAUUAUUUCAUUUAAUGUGUAUAAAUAUGCAUUAUUGCAUUAUAUGACCGCAGAAUGAUUUAAAUUUAUCUUUGUUACUUGCAUACUUGUGUACAUAUUAACAAGAGCCGUACAAAUGUAUGCGCCAAUGCCUAUAUAUAAACGUAUAUGUAUUUUCAUUUAGUUGUUAUAACCUAUUAUCCUUGAGUUGUCUAUAUUCUAUAUAUAUAUAUUUUUUUGGUUUCGAUAACGACACUAUUGCAAAGGAUAUAAAUUACAUAUUCAAUGUGCAGGUCUCAUUUUAACGAUUUCUACAAAAUAUUAACUAGUAUCUUCUACAAAAGAAGCAAAAACAAAACAAAAAAAUAUCAAAAUUAUUACAACGUAAAAGUAAAUCUCGCAAAAAAAUUCAGGCAUAUAACAAAUUUCACACAUACAUCCUCGAAACACUCAUGACUGCGAUGUAUGUAUGUAUAUGAAUUGGAUUUAGGUGCAUUUGAUGUAUAAAUAUGUUAAAAAUGAAAUAAACUAAAUGAGCAACAUGCUAUAAAAGCGCAGUUGUGACCAUGCAUGAGAUA